CACGGCCAGCGGAAAGGACCAGACGAAACACCGUGAAAAAAGAUAAGUGGAAACAAUCCGCCGGAACAUGACGCAGCCACCGGCAGGGCAUUUUCAAAGGCUCGGUAGCAUGCGGGAAUUUGAUCCGAAGACUGACAACAUUAAGUCUUACUUCGAGCGGUUCGACAAUUACGUCGACAUUAACGACGUACCGAAGAAAAAAAAACUGAAACUGUUUCUGAACGUGCUUGGCCCACAGGCGUAUGAAGAGCUAAGAAAGAUUGUCGUACCAGACAUCCCUACCGCGAAAUCGUAUGCUGAAGUAAAAAGACUCUUAGAGGACCACUACAGCCCGCGAUACUCCGUAAUUGCCGAGAGGUGUCAGUUUAAUCGCCGACAUCAACGUGACGGAGAAAGCUUGCAAGAAUUCAUUACAGAACUCAAGCACUUGUCGAGGAACUGUUCUUUCGGAACUUUCUUAAACGACGCUUUACGCGAUAGGCUGGUGGCCGGACUACGUGAUGAAGAGACCCAAAGGAUUUUGUUCGCAACUGCGCCACUGUCGUUCGAAGAGGCUUGCAAAAUCGCCCUAGAGAAAGAACUAGCCGCAAAGCAGACAAAGCAAAUGCACGCGCCUGACGGGCCCGCGGGUACCAUAAAUGCCGUUAACAAGAGAAAAUCAGGCAAGCCAACGAAGGAGCGCCAAGUUAAUCAAGAAAACGCUUCGGGAAAAGCGAGUACAUGCUAUCGCUGCGGAAAGGGUCAUGAGCCUGAUAAGUGCUGGUACCGCACGUAUAAAUGUAAGGCUUGUUCUAAGACUGGACACUUACAAGUAAUGUGUCGAACUAAACAUCGGAGUCACCGGGUUAAAGCAGUAGAAACUACUGACAGCGAAUCUGAUGACAUAGAAAGCCACGUGGUGUUCUUCGCGAAAGAAAAGAUACCCGGUUACAGCGUCAGCGUUUCUGUUGAAGGAACACCGGUGGAAAUGAUUUUGGAUACCGGGGCAGCAGUAACCCUGAUGCCUCAGAGUUUGUUUAAAGAAAAGUUUCCCCACGUCCAUUGCGACCAAACUAAUGUGUCGCUGAAAACUUAUACUGGAGAGAAGGUGCCAGUAGUUGGCAAGGCGAAUGUAAAAGUUGACUACGAGGGACAAAGCCUGACUCUACCGCUUUUUGUUGUGCAGAACGAUGAUAAGAAAAUGCAAGUGUUGAUGGGUAGGAGUUGGCUCGAGCACCUUAAAAUUAACUGGAAUGCAGUGUGCCUUGUCACGGCGCCCGACAAGGUAGCUGCGUUGCGGAAGAAGUUCCCUGAGCCCUUCAGGGAUUCGCCGGGCAUUGUCAAAAAUUAUGAAGCCCACAUAGCGGUUAAGGAAAACAGUCAGCCGGUUUUCUGCAAAGCGAGACCUAUUCCCUUUGCUCUUAAGGACGAGGUAGCAAAAGAGCUGAACAGGCUCGAAGAGCGUGGAAUAUUGAAGCACGUCACUAAAAGCGACUGGGCUACACCCUUGGUGGUUGUGCCGAAGAAAGCAGGAGGGGGCAUUAGACUUUGUGGUGACUAUAAAGUAACAGUUAACCCCGUGCUCAAGAUGGAUGUUUACCCCCUGCCGCGGCCCGAAGACUUGUUUGCGACACUGGCUGGGGGAAAAGUCUUUUGUGUGCUGGACCUUUCGUCUGCAUAUCAGCAAGUGCCCCUGAGCGAGAAAUCCAAACGCCUGCUGACGGUCAACACUCACCUAGGGCUCUUUGAGUAUCAGCGUUUGCCUUUCGGAAUCGCCAGCGCACCGGCGAUUUUUCAGUCUUUGAUGGACCAGGUCUUCCAGGGCAUUCCGGGAGUCGGAUGCUAUAUUGACGAUGUUAUCGUUACAGGAACCGACAUGAAAACUUGCCAAGCUACCGUGGAGAAAGUGCUGCAACGCUUACAGAAGUAUAACAUUACCCUGAAGGAAGACAAAUGCAGGUUCUUCCAGGACUCCGUGGUUUACCUCGGACACAAGGUUUCGGCAGAAGGGAUCUACCCAACCGACACCAAGGUAAAGGCUAUCAUUUCUGCCCCAGAGCCGACAAAUGUUACAGAGCUAAGAGCCUACUUGGGGUUGUUGACCUUUUACGGGAAAUUUCUUGAGAACUUUGCAACGGCAGCUGCACCCUUGUACGAGCUCCUCAAAAAAGACCGUCAUUGGAAAUGGACAAAGGCAUGUGCAAAAGCCUUUGAAACAACGAAGCAGCUUCUUUUGAACAGUCGGGUAUUGACGUACUACGACGUCAAUAGACCGAUAGGAGUGAGUUCUGAUGCGUCAGCGUACGGCCUGGGGGCCGUUAUCUUUCACAUUUUGCCAGAUGGAAGCGAGCAACCCAUAGCUUUUGCUUCGCGCACGUUGAGCACUGCCGAACGAAACUACGCGCAAGGAGAGAAAGAAACCCUUGCCAUAAUUUUCGCAUUGCGACGGUUUCACAGAUACCUGUAUGGCAGGAAGUUUUGCUUAUUCACGGACCAUCAACCGCUUCUUGGAAUCUUGGCUCCAGACAAGCCUAUCCCGUCACUAGCGGCUGCUAGGAUGCAGCGUUGGGCAGUCACGCUAUCUGCUUAUCAGUAUAGCUUAAAGUAUCGCAAAGGCAAAAACAUGGAAGUGGCCGACGCUUUAUCGCGCCUCCCGCUCCCUGUUCCAGCUGCGGAAGAACAGGAAGAAUGCUUUGCUUUAUUUGCGGCUACGCCGUUAACUGCGAAAGAGGUGGCACUUGCUACACAGCGCGACCGCGUUUUAUCAGCGGUUGCUGACUUCACUUUAAACGGCUGGCCAUCGUCCGUCUCCGAGGAACUGAGGCCUUUCUACGUCCGCCGCAACGAACUUUCCCUGGAACAGGGCUGUCUGUCAUGGGGCCAGCGGGUUAUCGUCCCUUUAACCCUCCAAGAGCAAGUAUUGACACUCUUGCAUGAAGAACAUCCCGGAAUGACGCGGAUGAAGAUGCUUGCUAGGUCGUUCGUUUGGUGGCCAACUUUGGACGGCGACAUUGAAACGAGAGUUCGUCACUGUAAGGUAUGCCAAAGUGUUCUGCCAGCAAAACCGCCAGGACCCCUGCAGCCCUGGGCGUAUCCAAGUCGCGUAUGGCAACGGAUACACGUCGACUACGCAACGAAGGAGGGCUUGAACUUUCUUGUGUUGGUGGAUGCUUUUUCAAAGUGGAUUGAAGUGUUUGUAGUGUCAAGCACGACCACUGAAAAAACUGUGCGGUGCCUCAGCUCUGUUUUUGCAGCCUACGGUUACCCAGAAGAGUUGGUGAGCGACAACGGCCCACAAUUCACCGCAGAGGACUUUGGGGUCUACCUGCAGCGGCAUGGCAUAAAACAUACCCGGAUACCACCGUAUCACGCAGCCUCGAAUGGAGCCGCUGAGCGCCUGGUACAAACUACGAAGACUACCCUGUUGAAACAAGUAAGACAUGAUCAAAUCACCGGGGGGGAAAAGGACUAUUCUGGAACGAGUAAACGAUUUUUUGUUGGCGUACAGGAAUACACCAAACGCCGUUACUGGGAAGACCCCAGCAGAACUGUUUUUGAAGCGUCAACCUCGUACACUGCUUUCACUGAUACGACCAAACUUUGCAGGAGACAUGAGGACUAAGCAAGAACGCGAAACUGCACUACGAAACGGCCGGAGAGGUCGGGAAGAGUCGUUUAUAGCAGGUGACAAAGUACUUGUAAAAACGACUAGAGGCGAGGAAGUGUCCUGGGAAGAAGGGCUGGUAACUCAAGUUGUGAGCCCCACUACAUAUUUGGUGAAUGUGAAUAAUCGAACACGGUUCAUCCAUAUGGACCAUCUCCGUGCAAGUUGGGCUUCUUCGACUGGGUCUGUUUUUCCUGAGAUCCCAGCUCCAACACCGAGCGCCACAACGGAAGCAGUCCCGGAGGGCAGCCGCGCUGGUCAACUACCCAGGGCGGAAUCUCCUGCUCCGAGGUUCCACGCCGCUGAGCUCCCGAGUCAAGGCACCGGCUCGGUUCCACACCCAGAGCAGCUCCUCGAGGUGCCUGAGCCCGAUGAUCGACAGCACACUCAACACAACGCUUCUGCCUCCGAGCCUCCUGCAGCUGCUCAGCAAGAUCAAGGCGACGGAUCUGCCUCUGCGUCUUCCACAGCAACAACGCUUCGAAGAGGAAGCCGGACCCGGAAAGCACCGGACCGCUACCAAUCGUACGAGUUUCGUCGUCAAGCCAAGUAGACUCGACCGUAAUGAAAUGUAUGGCGGUUUUAAAGGCGGAAGGAAUGUUAUAUCUGUAAAGGUCGCAUGUGAUUCGCCCAACGUUAUUACGUCACUCUUGCUUACGUCUAUAAAACAGACUGUCUGGCCGUAAUAAAAGUUCAAUACGUUCCAG